UCUCACAUUACACUAAACCAUCACGCUCUCUCCAUUUCUCCUCACAAACCCUGCGUGCUCUCUCACACACGGCGAUCGAUUCCCUCCGCCUCACCGGAAAUUAUGAUUUCGAAUUCUGAUGAUCGGAUUCCAGGCUGCCGGAGAACUGACGUUAUGGUGUUAGUUCCUUUUUCUCCUCUUCUGAUUUUGAUUGUUGAGAUUCGGCCGUAAUUCAAAACCCUAAGCAAAAGCGAACUUAGAUUUUUUUUUAAGGUAGCAGUGUUUAGAAGUCAUUCCAUGCUUUUUGUCUCCGAUACAUGAUCGAUGGAAGAAUUAAGACUAUCAUAGAUUUUUAGCCAAAUUCUCGGUUGUUAUUCCGAUUUAAUUCGGUCUAUGAGUUUUAUGAUCUCUGUUUUUUGGAAGAUCGUCUAAUUUUCGUCUUUAUCACCGACUGAUUUUGUUAGAUCGGUUUGUUUUUAGUGUGAUGAUUAGGUGAUCGUGUUUCCGUAGCCAGUUUUUUUUUCCUUUUUCAUCUAGAAUGCCUGGAAAAUUAGGAGUUAUCUAGAAAUUGAAGUUUUCAACGUUGACUGAGAAUCUGUACGCGGAGAAAUGGAGCCUGAAAACUAGCGGCGUGGAAAUUGUGAUAAUUUAUUAGUGGACCACUGAAAUUAAUUCCUCACGCUAUGAAAAUUCAACCGAUCGAUUUCAACGAGGCAGAGGAGCCGACGGCGAAAUGUGAGGUGGGUGCGAAGCCAAUAUUUAGGUCCAGAUUCAAGUGGCUUUUCGAGAGGCCGUUCUCGAGCGGCGCCAGAGCUCCGGCGGGGGAAAAGCCGGCCGGCGCCGCUGAGCCGCUGACUAACAAAGACGGAUUGGAGGAGUUUGAGCCUAGCUCUGUUUGCCUUGCGAAGAUGGUCCAGAAUUUUAUGGAGGAAAACAACGAGAAACAGCAGCAGAGGUGUGGAAGGAAGAGAUGCAUUUGCUUAAAUGGAAACUGCACUGACAGCUCCGAUGACGAACCAGACUUAUUCAAUUCGUCUUCCUCACAUGCUUGUGAUACACUGAAGAGUUUGGUGCCCUGUAUCUGCGUAUCCGAAAGGAAUUUACUAGCUGACACUGCGAAAAUCGUCGAACGACACAAGAUCAACAAGCGCAAAGACGCAUUCUGCAGAAAACUCGUUGCAGAUGAUCUAACUGCCCUUGGAUACGACGCUUCAAUAUGCAAAUCGAAAUGGGAAAAAUCCCCUUCUUUCCUCGCUGGUAAAACAAAACACCUUCUAAUCAUCUCCAAAGUCGCCCCCCUUUUGUUAAUCUUGUCAAAAUCACUAGUACUUUUCCCAACAGGAGAAUACGAGUACGUGGACGUGUUGAUUGGAGGGGAAAGACUGAUCAUCGACAUCGAUUUCAAAUCGGAGUUCGCCAUCGCAAGGCCAACCAAAGCAUACAAACUAGUCCUCCAAGCACUGCCCAGCAUUUUCAUUGGUAAACCCGACCGCCUGGAGAAGAUCAUCGGAAUCGUAUCCGACGCUGCAAAGCAGAGCCUCAAGAAGAAAGGCAUGCCGGUCCCUCCAUGGCGGAAGGCUGACUACAUCAAAUCCAAAUGGCUCUCGCCCUUCACCCGAACCGGGCCGUGCGCCCUUUCGAAAGUAGAGACGUCGGAGGUGAUUCGAGGUGGAAAGUCAUCAUCCCCUGAUGAAGGUGACUCUCUCUUUGCUUUCUCUAACAGUAACAGUAACAGUAACAGUAACAGCGGCAGCUUAUCUGAUGCGCAAAUGAAAAAGUGGGAGCUGCCACAAAUUAGGCCUAAAAGUGUUAACAAAGGUGUGAAGAUCGUGACCGGUUUAGCUUCAGUAAUUGAUAAUAAACCGUAAAAUAAUUUUGGUCCUAUUUUUGGUCAUGUGUCGUUGUAAUCCCUUCGCCUUUUAUGUAAGGGUACUGAUGUUGUAGCACCUAGACUAUUACUCUACUCUAGUACUAUGCUUUUAUUGAUGUUCUUGAUUUUGGAAUAUGGUUUUUGAAGAUGCAAUUGUGGCGAAUUGUGAAAAGACGAAACCUAGUAUCUGCUUUUUUGUUUGAUUGUAGAGAGGAGGCAAAGUAUAUUUGGGGAAUUAGCAACUUUUUUAUUA